CUCGUAUGAAGGUUUUCCAGUACACAAGUAUGUUCGUAUGUAUGUACUGUGCCAUUGGCGGUGUGUCACCUUGUCUCACACGCCUACUGCUGCGGUUGGAGAAGGAUCCGAGAUGUAGAACGAGACCGUAGUCUUCCACAAGAGAUCGAUGCAGCAGGAAAGCGACCUGCGAUGUUCUCGGUCACGGAAUGACGAUGACGAAGGUGUAAUCGCCAUGUGGAGUUCGGACUUUAUGGUCUCGAAUCAGGAGUGACAUCAUUCACUAAGCUGUUUACUUUCCAGAUGUCGACUGGUUCGCUGCGACGCUUCUCCGUGCCUCGCUACGAAACGAGAAUCAUGCGCAGCAUACAAGGAGCUCUGCGGGCUUGACGAUCGAGCAUUGAAUAUUGACCUUCCUCCUCUUGAUGGCUAGCUCCGACCCGACAACUCUUUCCGAUCAUUUUCUUAAUUAAAUAGGCCAUCAUCAUCAUGCAUGAAAUUCGACGGAUUACGAUUCUGUCUCCGUCAUGCGUGCGGCUCAAAACAAGUCCGUCUCGAGGACAGUUUCCUGUGGUUAAAGCAUGGAAGCCUCGUCCUCGUCCGUUUUCGCUGCCAGACCAAACUCACAAGGGCCACGGCCGGUGGUGCUCGGUUCAUCAUCGCCGAAAUUCUUCGGGCCUUCAUUCUUCUCGGUACUGAGGGUGAACUGAUUACCCUGGACAGGAGACACGAUUUCCUCAUCGCCCCGAGAUAUAACUGUCACCGUACGGGGAUACCGAGACUUCCAGACGUACGAGUCUGACAUCGCUUUUGUUCAUGUGACGUCACCGAAGCUUCAUUGCCGCCUCUAGCGAGGCUUCUUAGUCUUCUUAGCUGCUUUGCUGGAACGCUCUUGCUUACUUCAUUCCUUCCUUCCUUCGUGCUGGAGUUUGCCUUCUCGCGAGGAAUUCCUCGAAAAGAGCUCGUUCUGAGAGCGGUCACUCGAAUAAAUCCAACCCGAAUCAGUCUAUCUAACAUGUGACGCUAGAUGUGGAAGGCAGCCCUUCACUUUUCUAAUCCUGACGUCGGGGCUAUUGUUACGAGGAACAAAUUCUCUCGCCACUGUCUGAGACCGGUCUCUUUCUGACGGAUCCCGUCAUGGAUCUUGUCCGCACUCGAGCGUUGUUUGCGGAUUGUGUCGGAGACGGAGUCGUCUUGCGCCACCUCUAUAGGGAGUGCUAAUGCAUCUGACC